AUGUCCUUCACAAACACCCCCGUGACGCGGCUGCUGGUCAUCGCCGUCGUCGCCGGGUCCAUACUCGCCAGCAUCGUCGACGCCAAACACUACUUUUACAUACUCAUCGACCUGCACGUGUGGCGGUACCGUCAGCUAUGGCGCCUCCUGACGUACCAGCUCUGCUAUACCAACUCAGCCGAGGUGCUGUUCGCCGUCAUGACACUGUACAAUGUCCGCACCGUCGAGCGCAUGUGGGGUUCUAGCAAGUAUGCCUCCUUUCUUGCCGUCUCCUUCCUCGUCACCUCGACGAUCCCCCCGCUCGUCAUGGCGGUCCUGCGUCCCCUGACGGCCGGCCUGACAAACUACAUGCCCGCCGGUCCCACGCCGGUGAUCUUCUCGGUCCUAGCCCAGUACCAUGCCAUGGUGCCCAGCAUGUACAAGUACCGCAUCGCCACGUCGUCGGGCAGCGUGACGCUGUCGGACAAGUCGUACCGCUACGCCGUUGCCGUGCACCUGUGCCUCCUCCAGUGGCCCGGGUCCCUGGUCGGUGCCGUCGUCGGCUGGGUGGUCGGGUACGCCUGGCGCGAGGGGCUCCUGCCCACGGCCCUGGUGCGCUGGCGCGUGCCCGGAUGGGUCCUGGGACUGCGGGCGCAGAGGCAUCGCGGCGAGUUCGAGGGCCUGAGGAGGCGUCUGGAGGAGGAGAACGGCGGCGGGGGGGGCGCCGUGGCUACCGGCAUGCAGGGGCGGGAGCCGGACCAAGGGACCGAGAGACGGCGGACGAUGGGGCAGCAGAUUAUGGCGCAGAUUCGGGAUACGUUAUAG